AAGCCUCAGGAGACCCUUCACACCUGUCAGAUCCAAGGAAGCCCUGUCUACACUUGUGUCGGGAAAGCUGAGUCCUGGUUUUGUCAAGCAAGGUGAAGAGAGCUGCAGAGAGGAAAUAGGGGGUGUGCACAGGCUCCCCGCAACAACGGACUCACUUCACCUCUUUCUCCUCACUCCUAUUAUCACCUCGCUGCUCCUCUCCUUGUCUAUCUCUCUGUUCAGGACUAUUCUGCCGCAUUUCUCGCACCCAGCUCCAUCUACCUGGAAAGCACCGCUUCUUAAACCAUGGCCCCUAAGCUGCUGGUGCUCUUCUGUCUCCUCUCUGGGCUCCAUGCACGGUCCAGAAAGAUUGAAGAUGAUGAAUAUGAAGAUCUAUCUUAUAACCAAAAGUGGGUCCUGGCUCCAAAAACUCAAGACACUGAUGUGACUCUUAUACUCAACAAGUUGCUAAGAGAAUACGACAAAAAGCUGAGGCCAGAUAUUGGAUUAAAACCAACAGUUAUUGAUGUUGACAUUUACGUUAACAGCAUUGGACCUGUGUCAUCAAUAAAUAUGGAAUACCAAAUUGAUAUCUUUUUUGCUCAGACUUGGACAGACAGUCGCCUUCGAUUCAACAGCACAAUGAAAAUAUUAACUCUGAACAGCAAUAUGGUUGGAUUAAUCUGGAUUCCAGAUACCAUCUUCCGGAACUCAAAAACUGCAGAAGCUCACUGGAUUACAACACCCAACCAACUCCUUAGAAUAUGGAAUGAUGGGAAAAUCUUGUAUACUUUAAGGCUCACCAUCAAUGCGGAAUGCCAGCUGCAGCUCCAUAAUUUCCCAAUGGAUGAACAUUCGUGCCCACUGAUAUUCUCCAGCUAUGGCUACCCCAAAGAAGAAAUGAUUUAUAGGUGGAGGAAAAAUUCAGUGGAGGCUGCUGAUCAGAAAUCAUGGAGACUUUAUCAAUUUGACUUCAUGGGUCUCAGGAACACGUCUGAAAUUGUGAAAACUUCUGCAGGUGAUUAUGUAGUCAUGACUAUUUACUUUGAUUUGAGCAGAAGAAUGGGCUACUUCACUAUUCAGACAUAUAUUCCCUGUAUACUAACAGUCGUUUUAUCCUGGGUGUCCUUUUGGAUUAAAAAAGAUGCCACACCAGCAAGAACAGCCUUAGGGAUCACUACAGUACUGACUAUGACGACUCUGAGCACCAUAGCACGGAAGUCCUUACCUCGAGUGUCCUACGUCACUGCCAUGGACCUGUUUGUGACUGUGUGCUUUCUAUUUGUCUUCGCUGCUCUGAUGGAGUAUGCUACUCUUAACUAUUAUUCAAGCUGCAGAAAACCAAACUGUGCCAAGAAGAAAAAGUCGUUAAUGCACUCAGAGACAACUGAAUGGGUCCAUGAAAGAAUACGUACACACACCCACAGCAACUAUUCUGUCCUGGAUAUGAGACCGCCUCCUACGGUGAUCCCUCUGAAUAAUUCCAUGUACUGGCAGGAAUUUGAAGAUACUUGUGUCUAUGAGUGUCUGGAUGGCAAAGACUGUCAAAGCUUCUUCUGUUGCUAUGAAGAGUGUAAAUCAGGCUCCUGGCGGAAAGGAAGGAUUCACAUAGAUAUCUCAGAGCUGGACUCAUAUUCCAGAGUCUUUUUCCCAACCUCUUUCCUGCUCUUUAACCUGGUCUACUGGGUCGGAUACCUCUAUCUUUAAAUAUAACCAGUAGCAGUGAAGACUGAAGGGUUUUCAUGCUUUUUCUUUCCUUCAGCAUUGGCAAAUAUUCAGUAGCAAAGGAGGACGCUGCUCAGUUUCAUCCCUAAUUACAAAGAGCUUAUUAUCUAUGAGUAUUACAGGACCUCACCAAGGUUUUAUUAUGUAUGUGCCUGGGGUGUGUGUGUGUUGGAUAAUCCCUAGUUACUUUUCGACAUCCAAUUCUCACUAAAUUCCACUCAGUUUGGUAUCAUUUUUAGAGAUUUGGGUAAUUGUUGAUUCACCUCAACAGAGAAAUCUGUAAGACCUGCAAGCAGAGAGUAUAGAUUCCUCCAGAGUUUCCUUAUCCAUCUUUUCUCCUUGCAUCUCCAAGCACUAGCACAUACUGGUGCUGAGUCACAUUUCUGGGUUAGGAGUGUUUGAAAAGCUGGAAGGACCAACUCUGCAGUUGGACCUUCAUUGUGAGUUGCAGUGUGGUAAGGCGCCCGGGAUUUCUCUUCAUAACAUUGAAAAAACCAACCAAGCUAAUAGCUGCACAGUGACUGCGAAACAUCAAGCAGGUGGCAGAGCUGGGAAGGGUAUAUAUGUAUGUGAGUGUGUGUAUAUGUGUCUGCCCUGGUGCACAUCAGCCAGGAAUAUUAUUUUGAGAAGCAAAAAUAAUUUUAAAAAAUUCUUCAUUUGUUGAAAUCAAAGAAGUAGAUAAUCUAAAGUUUUACUUAGAAUGCAUUUUAAAGGUUUGUCUUUCCUUUUUGAACUAGAGGAAGACCAGUUCACCACAAAGACAAAGAGCAAGAGACUGCAGCUAACAAGUUUCAUUGAAAUUGGCCUAUGUUCUUCCAUGGAGCAAAGGUCUGAGUCAUUAUCACAAGUCAUCGUAAGAUACCUUCUUCAUCUUGCUAAAACAGGGCACACACAUACAGACACACACACACACACACACACACACACACACACACACACACACACACCCUUUCAAAUUUUAUUUUACAGUGGGUGAGAAAUGAGGCUUCCAUCUCCAAAAUAUACUGAAUCACUACUGAAUAUUUUUUUUAAAUUAAAACUAGUGCCAAUUCAAAAAAAAACAAAACAAAGCAAAAUGAAAAAAAAAACAAAGAUGUAAAGAUGUGUAGUUGCUAAGUAUCAAACAAGUAUAUUCUCUGGCUAAGAAAAAGUAUUUUAUACUUUUGAAAUAGUCAAGCAGCAACAUCCCAAAGAGAACUCUCGUAUUUAUAACUGUUUUGUACAAGAUAAACCCAACUUUAUUUUGGCAUUGUUAUCUAACUCUUUCUUUGUUUCUGACCACCAGUAUUUUCCAAGACACUUUUCAAGUGCUCCCUUGAAAAAAAACUCUUGUCAGUUGGUAAUGAUGUCCUAAAUAAAACAGUAUAUCCUGAAAACA